GGAAGGGGAAGAGGAGGGAAGAGGUGGGUACUAAGAGACCAUCACAACACAAUUCCUCCUUGGGAACGCGUCCCGACUUGAGACUAGGACCGGUUAUCGUUUUCAGAGGGCGCGAUUGGCCAAUGCUCUGGGCUUAUCCUCGAAACUCUUGCAAGCAGCAUCCUAAGAGACUGCGCCUGGAUCGCGUCUGAACAUCGCUAGACAUUCGGCGUCCUCGUAGGUAAACAGACUAUCCAAUCGUAGGAGACCGGCUCACCCACGAUAUAAAUCAAUCACCAAGGGCUUGCACACCAAACGAUCCUUCUACACCAAUUGAAACGCCAAUUACAUAAUAAACAUGGAAUGUAUCAGCGUGCCGCGCAUCUCUAACAUGGGAUGAUGAUCUUCAGACCAGCACUCGCGCAAGAGUUCUCAGCACUGCUGCCUCAGGCCGAAUUCGUGCAAGACGUGGCCUGACAGCACAUGCUUCUUGAGCUCGUGACCUGACGCUUACUUGGAGGAUGGCGCAUGAGGCCUCACGACCCAUCAAACCAAGAUCCGCCACCGUGCUCCCUGACACGUUGAGCCGUUGUGAAUGACCAGUGCUGCCCAGCAGGGAUCCCAUCAUGAGUGGUGCCAUUAUUGAAUCAAAAGGAACAGCAUUGGAAUAGCAAUAUUGGUUCGAAGGUUGUUUGAAUUGGGGUACGUGAGAACGCAGUGCUGAUCAAAUGGGAACCACUUCAAGUGACACACAAUGUAAACCGAAUGAAGCGUCAGCGCAAACCAAAUGUGCGAGAAAAGAACCUGGCGCGCAAUCAAAAAAACACCAUCCGGGAACGCGACGGGGUGCAUGGCGAAUGGAUGCAAAGGCAGUUCAAAUACGAGACGCGUGUGAAACAGGCGAGGAUCAAAAGAAGCUCGACGGUGCAAAACGGAUGUCUGAAUCUGGGCCUCCUGCGACCACGAGCCGCGCGCCACUGCUGCGACGGGGGCACGCCCGACGGGAAGCGGCCCCUGGACCCCGUGGCCCGCGGCCUGCCCCCCGACCGGCUGUGCGUCCUGGCCUCACGCUGCCUCUGCGGAUGCCCUGACAGGGGGCACUCGAACAGGCCGACCAUGGAAGGAACCAUAAGCGGUGACAAGGAUGAGGAGCCCUUUCCUUCCGCAGCAGAGGACACAUCUGCAUAAAUAUGCAGACACUGCGAGUUCCGCGCUGAGCUCUGGGAUUGGCGCUGGACCCGCCAGGAUCGACGCCUGUGGCGCCGCUCUCCUGGCACGCUCUCCGCGCGCGCCAGGGAGCAGGGCGACACAUCAUGUGAGUGCCAUUCUUUCUUCGUCGGCUCAGGACUCGAAGGCCAAGCCAGGACGAAGGACCUCCUCUUCCUCACGGCGGCGCGAAGCAACCCCAGCCGCAAACUCCCUGCCGGACCCGCCACACGCCCGUCUCACGGGCAUGGGCCGUCGGACCCCGCGGGGCACCUGGACUGCAGAACUCUCGGAGAAGGGACGGGCACGGGUGCCGCGGCACCUGGCCGGAGAGGGCAGCUGUCCCAGCCCGGAAGGAAAGUCGGGCAGCGGGGCCAAGGCCUUCCCAGUGGGGACGGGGACAGGUCUAAGGAUGCUGAGAGGAUGGGGAGGGC